GUCUUUACGCAAACAGGGUCUCCUUAGCCAUUAGCGGUUAGUCUAUUGCCUGAUCACAUGGUGACUGUAGUAGAUGACGCUAGCCUGCUUAUGGCAAUGCCGUCAUAAUCCUUUUUUAGCAGGCGGUGUGUUGAUACGCCCCAUCUGCCGGCGAGAGCGCCUGUGACACCACUUUGUUUCGUUGUCAGCUUUGGUACUAGUACUGCCACUUUACAGUCAAGUGAUUACAUUUCGAGGUCACUUGCCAGCGUCUGUCAGAAUCAGAUCGCUCUUUAUGCGAACUACAUGAUGGCUUCUCAUGCGACUAUGUCGUCUCCGCCAGCAGGACCCAAGCUUGAUUUGUCCAAGAAGUUAUCCGAGCUGCGAGCUAGUCGCAAGUCUCACUCUGGCCCCUCGUCCAGAGAGCCCGCCCCGGUGACACCUUCUCUCCCCAGCCCACCAGAUCUAUCGACUCAUACCUAUACACGGCCUGUCCGGCGUAUCCUAUCGCGGAAAGAUCACGAGACCUUUCUUGCAUCGUCGACCUACACUCUCGUCGUCGCCUUCAUUUUCGGCCUCUCUGAUUCAGUAAGAGGACGCGCGGUUACAGAUGACAGAGACCAACCCGCCUCCCCAAACAUCUCCAGAAUUCUAUCCGUGAUAGACAGUAUUAGACAACUCGUUGACAAACAUCCUUCCAUUGACCAAGGCGGUUCAAGGUUCGGUAACCCGGCUUUCCGCGAUCUCUUCGAUGAUGUGGCUGCGCAGAGUGCGACAUGGCAUAGAGACAUUCUCGGACUACAGAAUACGGACGCCAUAGAGGAAGUAUCAUCAUAUUUGGUCCACUCCCUGGGAUCGCGGGACCGUUUAGACUAUGGUUCAGGACAUGAGUUGAACUUUAUGAUGUGGCUAUUGUGCCUUCGACAGAUGCAGAUGAUAUCGACGGCAGACUUUCCAAUGAUCGUUUUCAGAGUGUAUCUCGAGUAUAUGCAUCUCAUGCGGCAAGUACAAAUGACUUAUUAUCUGGAACCUGCUGGCUCACAUGGUGUCUGGGGUCUGGACGACUACCAUUUUCUGCCCUUCCUCUUCGGUGCCGCCCAGCUUGUGGAUCAUCCGUACAUCACACCGUUAGCGAUCCACAACACGGCAGUAUUAGACGAAGAAGGAGACAGAUAUAUCUAUCUGGAUCAAGUGCGAUGGGUAGACAGCGUGAAGACGGUCAAAGGCCUCCGGUGGCACAGUCCCAUGCUGGAUGAUAUUUCCGGUGCCAGAAACUGGCUGAAGAUUGAAGGAGGCAUGAAGAAAAUGUUCAUCAAGGAGGUUCUGGGAAAGUUACCCAUCAUGCAGCAUUUUCUAUUCGGCAGUCUGCUGCCCGCUGACCCGAGUAUGGGAGAGCGCACGGAUGAUGCGGAGGAUGACGAGCUCCACGACCAUGGAGAUGGCCAUCCUCACGCCCGUCACACUGAUCAUUUCGGAGAUUGCUGCGGUAUCAAAGUGCCGAGUACAGUUGCCGCUGGAGCCGAAAUGAGGAAACGAAUUGGCGGAACAGGUCUACGACCGAUUCCUUUUGAUUAACAUCUACCUUCAUGACGAAUGACUACAACAUACAUUAGCUCUAUCAAUGAAGCGAGCAAUUGAAUUCUAUUUUCACUCAAGGAGUAGGGUUUUGCCGGCUUUUUGAGGAAUCCACAGAAUCAUUUUAGCAAGAGAACUCACCAUUUCCUAUC